AACAAGAGUUUUAAAUGUCGCAUCGCCUUUUUUAUUGCUGCGCUUAGGCGCGCAAACCGGCUGAAUCUGGCGCGAAAUUUGCGGUAAUUCGCGCGCGUAAUCGCCGCCUGCGCGUCUUGUGCUGUAUGCUGUAUGUGGCCUCGACCGCGUGCCUAGCGGCGUCGUCUUCUCCGCGUUGUGGUCCUCAUCCGGCAGUGCGAUGUCGUCGUCCCCUUCGCCUUGCAGCCCGCCGAUCCGAGACCAGGCUUACUACCCGUGGAACUGGCACGAAGUCGCCGGAGCCGUCGACCUGAAGAGCCCGCGCGCCGGCACUGCCGCGGCGGUCGCGGGGCGUCCCUCGUCGCCGCAGACGCCGAGCACUCCGCACGGAGGAGCUGACGGCCAACGUCGCGGUCGCCCGAGGCUCGACACCAUCACGUCUCUAAUCCGCGAAGGUUCCUCGUCUCCCAGCAACAUCAAGUGCAAAGUCUGCAACCGCGUGUUUCCGCGCGAGAAGUCGCUGCAGGCACACAUGCGGACGCAUACUGGUGAGAAGCCGUACGUCUGUGACUUUCCGGGCUGCCAGCGAGCAUUUGCACAGAGCGGCCAACUGAAGACACACCAGCGCCUGCACACGGGCGAAAAGCCUUUCGUCUGCUCCGAACCAGGAUGCAGCCAAAGGUUCACCCACUCGAACCGUCGCUGCAGCCUGCACCCGUUUGCAGCGCUUCGACGCAACGAUGCCAGCACUGCUGCGGUUGACAACGCAGAGGACAAGCAGGCCAACUGUGAAAACGAGAGUGAGGCAGUGGCGCUGUGGCUGAAAGGUCACUCGAAGCAGACGCACGAAGGAAUGGCACUACCGAAGACACGCCAGCUGAAACGGGAACUGGAUGCUCAAGCAUGCAUAGACUCCGAGGAGCUGCUACAGAAGAAGAAGUUAGUCCCGUCCUCACAGCGCGACAUGAUCGGCGCACUCGCGCUCAUCGAACUCUCAAACAAGGGCCACGGGUGUGCUCCCGCCGCCACCAUGGAGAGGGUUGAAUCCGUUCCUGCCUACACAGCCUUUUCCAUCGAGGUUGAUGACCGGCCACUCGAUCUCAGCGUGUCUCGGUACUACAGUUGCGACGGCUAGCUGCAACGAAGGCUGUUGACCUUGACCCAAGGCAACAUGGAUGCCACAUGAUCUCACGUUAACUCGUAUUGUAUGUUUCUGUUUGAAGGUCCCAAGAGGUCCAUGACAGAAAGCACGAACUAGAGUGGAACGAACUCACAAGUCAUGUUUUUAGUUUUCUAGUGCCGUCUCAGUUUGCUCUUUCCAUCGUGAACUCGUACCAGCCAGUGCUGUCCUUUCCAGUCCUUACAAAGGUGGACGAAGUUGUACAAUUGUAUGUUUCUGUUUGAAGGUCCCAAGAGGUCCGUGACAGAAGGUACAAACUAGAGUGGAAAGAGCUCACAAGUCAUGUUUUUAGUUUUCUAGUGCCGUCACAGUUUGCUCUUUCCAUCGUGAACUCAUACCAGACAGUGUUAUCCUGUCCAGUCCUUACACUGGUGGAGAAAAUGGUAGAGAAGCUCACUGUGAAUGCCACUGUUCCAUCCACUUCAUUGUUUUGCAUGUUGCUGUCAUUGGUGAGGGUCACCUAGGAUGCUUCACAGUCGUAGUGCCGAAGAAUGCGGGAAUUUGGAAUGCAUUUUUAAAAGGUCAGCUGAAUAUUCAUAUAAUCGUGCCUCAUUCAGAAUGUGCUGGUACCUUGCGGUGCAGCUCGUUCAAGAGCUGGGAAAGGCAUUGAUGCUGCUUAGGCCUCACAAUGUCCCAAAAUGCGAGACCACACUGCAACAGACUAUCGGCUACAGCGGACGAAAUUAGCAGCAAUUUGUUUUAAAUUGGGCGUAUAAAACGGACUUUUGCCGUGUUCACACGGGCUGACAACUGACUUGCAAGGGUCAGCCGACGAUCGUGGCUCAAUAUUUCGACCACAAGGGAGAAAGCCGGGGCACAAACCGUCUUCGUCUGCACCUGAGGCACGGGUUGGGAGAGAGGGGGGUUAUCCGGUGGCUGCUGCUUACAGCGCAGCCACCGGGGCUGAAGCAAGAGACAGCACGAAGGUUUAUUCGCUCAGUGCUGCUGUCACGCUUAUCUUGCGUAAUUUGCUGUCACAGUCGAUACUCCGCCUUUCAGGCGAAACUGUUACUUUUUUUUUUUUUUUUUUUUUUUUACUUUGGACGUUUGUCAUUCACUCUUUGCAAUGCAGUUGUUAGACAUUGUGACGAAAGUUUGGAAGUGAGGCGUUUUGGAUAUUACGGACGUUUUAUGCGAAGGUCAGGAUCGUGGUCCAUUAUAGCAAGAGUCGACUGCAUCUCAUUCUCAUAAGGCAACAUCUGCUUAUGGGCUAAACCCCAUGAGCGCGAUUUUGUGCACGACAGCGACGGCUUCGAGCGACGGGUCGGGCCGUCGCGUGAACAGAUUGCUCGGUCCUGCAAAUCUAGAAUUCGUCGCUCGUCGCCCGGAAGUGCUAUGAGCGACUAGCCAAUAGCGCGAAGCCGGAACUGGAUGUACAUAACUCAAGUACUUCCGAUUGUCGCACGGAACGAGCAAACGGUUGAAUUUUUUAUACGUGCAAGGAUAAGAACCUACUGCAAGACUUUCAGAAAUAUUUUAUGCUGCUUUUUACACUAAAACACAUCAACUUAAGUUAAUAAAGCACGCAUCACGCUAGUUUCGGCGCCUAUAUUGCUGCCCUCAUACCAGCAACACUGGGGAGACGUCGCUCAAAGUCAUCGCUCGCAUGGGGUACAACUUGUAGGCGACAAGCGAAUGCAACAGCCAUCUCCAUCGCAUCGCUGUCGCGUGCAAGGUCGCUUGCAUGGGGUUUAUACCUAAUGCAGCAAAGCACUUGUUCUUGCAGACCGAAUUUUUUCUUUUGAGGUUGUAUUCUAGUCUGAAUGUAUUCGUUUAUGGUGCUACAAUGAUGCAUCUGUUAACAUACCAAGUUACGUAGGACUUUUUGUGCCGCCCAAAAAGUCCUGCUGUCACAGUGCAUUGUCUCAGCAUCGACGCUCGGCUCCUUUAAGCAAAUGAUUCGCUUCAAGUUUGGCAAAGCACAGCUUGAAAUAUGCUUGCUUCUCAAGCAUUAGUGACAGUUAGUGCUGGGCAUGAUUUACUGGCACCAAAUUCAAAUGGGACUCGACAACAUAACAGCAGGAGCAAUGUCAAACUUCAGCUAGUAGUGUUUGUUAGACAGCGAUGCUCAACAUCCACGAAAAUCAACUCGUCAUUAUGACAGCGUGCCACUAUCUUUGAAUAGGAACACAUGCUUUCCGCAUGUGCAAUCAGCCAAAUCUUUAACAAUUACUUUAUGAGCCACCUAUUGUGUGGAUGAAGAGAAAAAAAGUUACGGUAUAGCAGACGAGAAAGAGGACAGACUGUGCCCCGGCCUGUUAUUGUGGAGCCACUCACUAUUGCCUUGUAAAUAUUGUAUAUAGAUGCUUUUUGACAUCUCCCCAUAACAUAUUUAAGGACAGGUGUGGUGUAUCAAUCUCUGUACCUCUCACACGCUGUGUCUGCGCCUUCUGCAGCAAGAUCAAUGACAUUACAUGCGAGCAUGUAAAGCUCUCUUCUCUUCCCUCGAGGUGUGCGCAUGCCCUGCUUUUGUCCUGCUCUUGUGGUAUUGUUAAAGAUUUGGCUGAUGGUACGCUGUUUGUUCAAAUAAAGCUUUUACAGCAAGACCAUAGAUGACAUGCUAGUGCAAAUAAAUCACUUGUUUGGACACACUCGCAUUGAAUAUAUACAACAAUGUGCUAUGACGAUGCAUGUUUACGUGCGCUUCUGCACUGUAAAGACUGCAGGCGUUACCGAUUUGGUAACGAUUCACUUUAGUGGUGUUCACAGCACACACAUGUCCCUUUUUAUUUCCUUAAAUGUGUGUGCAGUGUGAGUAGCAUCGAAAUUAUUAGUACAGACUAAUUGAAGUGAAACGUUAGUGCUUCUAUUCUAUGUGGAUUUGGUGCCGCUAAAUCAUGCAUCGCUAAGCUUAACCAACCAGCUUGGCUUUCUUCAUUGCUUUGCUUUGUACUUACACCAGCCAUCUUCUCGACAAAUCCGUCUUGCUUUCUGAAGCAUUUCUUCUAAUCACCUGUAUCAAAUGAAUGUUCCUUUACACCGUAUAUAGACUGAAGCUGUAUUAUUGCAACUGAACAUGACAAGUCAUUGUGCACCCGUCUGAAAUACAGUUCAUCAGUCGCACGAGCCAAAGUGCGAUAACUGUGUUUCGAAAAUGUUAUGUAACCACUGACAGCUGUCUUGGACGUAGCUGCCAAAACAUUGUGCAUAGCAUCCCACUCAUUGUAUAAAACAUCAUUGCGGUUGCAUUACGGCACAGUGAUCUCAGACACUGCGCGUAUUUGUGCCUGCAGCUCACUGCUGCAAGGCUACAGUGACACUCGUCUUGUGAGGCAUUGAUUAUAACUGUUUUUUGUCAUUGUUGCAGAAUCCGUCCACUGUAUGGAAUAAAAAGUAGCGGCGAGAACUUUUUAGAUGAGAAAUUUUAUUGUUUCAUGUUAAUAAAAAUCGUAUGACCAAAUGCUCUUUCUCCUUUCUUAUUCGUACCCCUAAAAUGACAGCAUACCUUACCAGGUACCAUUUGUUUAUUUACGGUACCUUACAGGCCCCAUGGAGGAAGCAUGCAUAAGAGGGGGUUACAGAAGUAGAUAUUGAAGCAGGAACACAAUACAUCAACUAAUAAACAUAUUAAAAUAUAUGAGUGGUAAUUAUAGCAAAGAAGGAUCAUCAAUACACAGACAACCAAGAAAUAUGUAGUGAUUAGUACAUUAGAUAAUUAAAAAUGGCAAGGCUGACGCGUACAGCAAUAGUACAAAUCGGUGGCAAUUAUUAUACAUUUUUAAGAAACAUACAGCCAUAGCACUUCCCUAAAUAUCACUGGAUCGACUAGUGAAGCGAUUUCACCAGGAAAGCUAUUUUCAAAGACUGAUAGUACGAGGAAGCACAGAUGAAUUGAAAGACUGCAUGCAGCCCGAUGUGCAACUACAGCUUAGGUGAUUGUGACGCCAGCUAGACAUUCACAAUGGGGUUUGCAAUGGGAGAUGAACUGACCAUGAGUUAUAGAUAUGCUGAUGAAAAAGACGAAAUGGCACAAGAACAGUGCUUUGAAAAAUGGGUUUAAUUUUAGUGAUGCUGGACUGCCGAUCGUAGCUGCGCUUUACGAACCGGGCUGCUCUUUUUACAUUGCUUCAAUAGCCAAGAUUAGAUGUUCCUGAGGUGGUGACCAAAUGGGCGGGUGAGGUAUAGUCGAGCUGCAGGCGAACAAAGGACGACUAAGAAAGUUUCUUAACGACGAAUGGGCAGCUGUGAAAGUUGCGGCAUAGCAAUCUCAGAGUUUUAGUAGCUUUCGCAGUUAUCGGUUUAAUGUGGGUCGACCAUGAUAAGUUAGAAACAAAAUGAAUACCAAGAUAAUGCACAAGGAACUGGAGCAGUCUUUAUGACUUAUGAAGAAUUGGAGGUUAGUUCCUUGCGGCUAAUGGUAAUAACUUUACAUUUGGAAGUGGUAAGUGCCAAGAAACAGCCCUUCAGACAGGCAGUCACAAAUAACAGCAAAGUUGUGCUCGGAAAGCAAUGCACGUAGCAUGCAAUCAGAAUCGCAAUCAGCUAACACUUUAGGUAGACUGUUCCAUGAAUGAAAUCCAGGGUUUGACAGAAUCCUGUCUGGUCGGGAAGAGACAUGAUGAAAAAAGAUAAUUCUGACCAAGAAAAAAUAUUUUAUAAAAAAAUGAAAAGCCAUUUCAGUUCACAACAGCCUUGUUUACUGUGUGGGAACCAAAUGUCUCUUUUUCACUAAAUAUUGGUUCUUGGUCGGCACUCUCUUUUCAUCAGUGUUCCAUGUAGAAAUGAUGUGGGAAAAUGCAUAUUUAAACAUUGAUGUAGCACUAUAUUUCAUGGGCCUUCCAGGUAUGGUCACAAGAUAAAAUGUGUAGGCAGAAGGUCACAUGUUUUUCUGUAUUCCCAAUUUUUUCAAAGUAUAUUUGCAGAAAGGACAAUUGCAUAAAUUCACUCAAGCCAAAGCUUGGCAUUUUCAAAGUCGACGAAUACAUGCUCUCCAAAGCAUCUGUGUUUGUGAAUGUACUGCAGAGAAAAUUAGCCCCUGUCACUUCCCAGUGAAGGAACAAGAUUCCAGUCACCAGAUGAACCACAAGAGCUCCAAACCUUCAAUUCUAGUCGCCUUCAUUUCUAUGCCCACCUUUUCAAUUGUAAAAUGCCACUAGUAACUUCAAUGCCAUGCCCCUGCCUGCCACCAAUGACCAUACAACUAAGCAAAUCCGUGAAUGCUAAUGCUUUUCUGCUGUGAUGCUUAUUUAGCCCGAUGGCAAAAUUUCUGAUGGCCCAUUCCAUGGCACUGCACACAGGAAGCAACUUGCAUAUGCCAAAGGCCUAUAGUAAUAAAGAUUAAAAGCAUACCAAAAAAGUUACAGCAGAACUCAUCUCAGGAUGACUGUCGAUAGUAAUGCAAAUAACAUUCGAGCAGUGUAGUCACGGGCAAUGUUUCUCGUGUCACGUUUAUUUAACAUCUCUAGUGGUCAUUCUUAGACUUUCAAUGCUUUGGCUAUAUGCGGCAUAAUCUGGUAUCGUCCCAUUUUGCUAUGGUACUCGCUUGCCAAGAUCGGCAAUAAGCAUGAUGGCAUGAUGACAGCUGUAUGACGCUGACGCGGUGGCAAUAAUGAAAUGCCGAAGAAAAAAUUAUGUCAAUGGAAUUACAAAGGCAGCAUGAUGACAAUGGCAUGGCGACGAUGAGGUGACAGUGGUAUAACAAUGACAAUAGCAUGAUCGCUGCACCCUGCAGCUCUUUUUUGUUGGCUAACCAAUUUUUUAUAGUUUGAAUAUGUUGCACCGAAAACUAAAAAAUGCAGCAGAUCCAACAAGUUGUAAUCUAUACAGAGCGAAGCUUUAUGUGAGUGCAUAAUGAAUCGAAACAUGAGCACACAUGCACACAAGUGCGGCCGCACACAAAUUAUGCCGCGCCUUUUGUUAAGUGGAGUUGCCGAUUACUAGCGAGUACAAUGGGCGCCCCGAAUGCAUCAUGGUUUCAGAGGCAGCAUGCGCAUGCAUGCAUAGUGCAAUUCGAAUUCAUUCUAUCCGCAUGAAGUAUUCACUUGGUCAUUACCAUGCAGCCACAGAUGGGUGAAGGCAAGCUUUCUGAUGCUUCUUUUUUAUUUUCCCCUGCAGCGGAUGCACGGAGGUGAACACCAUUUGGUGAUGCUGCAAGGAACCCAGCAGCACACAUACUUCGCUGUGAUUGGUUAGCCUACUCAGCAAGGGCGCAGCCACAAUCAUGAAACCCGGCGAGAUUCACAAAGAAAUACAGUAUGACAGUUUAGAGCAGGGGUCUCAAACACACGGCCCGUGGCAUGGAACUAUCAGGUACCAAAUCUGAGCUCAAGCUUCAUUAGGAACAUGCUGAAUAAUCUGCAGGCGUGUCAGCCUGUGAAACUGUCUAAGCGAACCUCCUGAAUCGUGAAGUGACCAAUGUGUAAUAACAGACAGUCACAAAGCAAAACUCUAGAAGGUGCAUCGAAGCUUUUUGCUUAUGUAGCGGCAUUAUUAUUUGAUUUAUUAAAAAUUAUUUGAAACCUUUGA